AUGUUACUGACCAACUCAAUUGUGAAGUGCUGGAACUUCACUGUGUUCUGCAUGGUCACCAUGAUGGACAGCAUAACACUUUUGGCCCAGGGCACAGUCAACAUGUUGGGGCGCUGGCUGCACCUCUUGGGAGGUGUUCUGGAGAGUUUCAAAAUGGUGUGCUACUUGUCCUCACAUGUUCUCCUGCGUGUCAGGGAUCUGUUCCACCGUGGGCUGCUGUGUGGCCACUGCUUGCUGCAGCAGGUGUGGGAGGGCUGUGGCAUUGCGGUCAGCCUGGUGUUCUACCUGGUCAACACGGUGGUCAACCUGCUGCUCAUCGGGACACAGAACAUCUACUCUGUUGUAGUCAGCAUGUGGGAGGCAGUCUCCUGCCCCCUGCAGAAGGCUGUGGAGCUCACCCUCACACUCUUCACCUUUCUGUACAGCAGCCUGGUUGGCACCUCAGUCGUUCUCUGGACUCCCAUCAGGCUGGCCCUGGAGUUCCUGGGCUCGCUCGGACACAUCUUCGUCAGCGUCUUCCUCCUGAACAUCUAUGGCCUCAUUCUCACAGUGACCAUUGUUGUCACCGCCACAGUCUAUAUGAACCCUGAGCUGACCAGUCUUGGAGCCCGGCGCGCCUUCGGUUUUGUCAACUUUGUCCCCACCCUGCAUCUCAUACAGAGGGCGCUCCAUUGCCUCUACGUGCUGGAGAGGGGCGUGUGGCAGAGGCUUCAGCGGCAGGCCAGCCGCCUACACCAAACGAUAACACCAGUCUACAGGAACAUCAGAGUGAGGGGUGACGGCCACGCCAGGCAACCUGAGCCCAGUGACAGAGAACAGGGGGCUCUUACGGACAGUAGGGAAGGAGACGCAGCACCACCCACUGAACAUGCUGCCCGGCCACGCCAGCUAAUGGAUGACCUGUGGGACCUAGCGUUCCCCAGCUCCAGCAGCACAGACAGGCCUUUACAGAAACUCUCAUCGGGGGAGGGGUGCUCCAGCUCCAAGGAUCCCCCGGCCGACAGCCUACUGACUCUGCUCAAGGAACAUGAGGAGAGGAAGAAGUGCGUCAUCUGCCAGGACAGCACCAAGACAGUGGUGCUGCUGCCCUGCCGCCACCUGUGUCUGUGUCGGGACUGUACUCACAUACUGCUGCGCCAGCCCAUCUACCAGCAGAACUGUCCGCUCUGCCGCCAUAUGAUCCUUAAUACCAUGGAUGUGUAUCUCUGA